AUGACUCCGCAAGCAGACGCGAGAAACAUUCAAAUCAUGAUUGGAAUGAUUCCGCAAGCAAACGCGAGAAACAAUCAAAUUAUGGAUGAAAUGAUUCCACAGGCAGACGCGAGAAACAAUCAAAUCAUGAUUGAAAUGAUUCCGCAAGCAGAAGCGAGAAACAAUCAAAUCAUGAUUGAAAUGAUUCCGCAAGCAUUCUCAACAUCUCUCUCCUUUAUGUAUGUACCCAACAACGUUAAUGAAAUCAUUGAAUAA